AGGAUGCUGGGGGGGGGGGGGGACGCCGGGGGGGAGAGGGAGGGGUGGGAAGGGGCCGAGCUUCUCACAAAACAGGGCUAUGUGCGUGGAGAAAAUGCAUCAGUGCGGGGAAAAACCAACCUAGGGGGCACUUCCGAGCAAGCGACGGAGCGAUCGCAAGGGCCAGGCAGCGGGAGACAAAGAGCAGGGAGGACAUGAGCGAAGGCAAAGGGAUCAGCUGAGUUAAAUCACGGAAAUUAAAAAGCUCUUCCCCUCCGGCACAUCCCGAAGAAGCGCAGCGACAGGUCCCCCCCCUUCCCCUGCUUUGGGCAAGAAGACAAAGAAGCGAGUUGGCCCCAUGGGGAAAGGGGGUGAGAAAGGAGGGGAGUCGGGCGAGCCGGAGGCGCAGAUCCGCUUCUACACCUGGGAGGAGAUCCAGAAGCACAACCUGAGGACGGACAAGUGGCUGGUGAUAGAGCGCAAGGUGUAUAAUGUCACCACAUGGGCAAAUAGACACCCGGGGGGUCAGCGAGUGAUCAGCCACUGCGCCGGCGAAGAUGCCACGGAUGCGUUCCAGGCCUUCCACAUCAAUCCCACCUUGGUGCAGAAGUUUCUCAAGCCGUUACUUAUUGGGGAGCUUGCUCCGGGGGAACCCAGCCACGACCGAGAUAAAAAUUCCCAGCUGGUGGAGGAUUUCCGAACCCUGAGGAAGACGGUGGAGGACAUGAACUUGUUCAGAGCAAGUCCCUUGUUCUUCUCUCUUUACCUGGGCCAUAUAAUUGUGAUGGAAGUUUUGGCUUGGCUGAUGCUUUUGUACUUCGGUACCGGCUGGAUCACAACUCUCAUCCUCGCCUGCAUCCUUACAACUUCCCAGGCGCAGGCAGGGUGGCUGCAACAUGAUUUUGGACACCUCUCUGUCUUCAAGAAGUCUUCUUGGAACCACAUCCUCCACAAGUUUGUCAUAGGACACCUGAAGGGUGCCUCAGCAAACUGGUGGAACCAUCGUCACUUCCAACACCACGCCAAGCCCAACAUAUUCAAGAAGGACCCAGAUGUGAACAUGCUGCAUGUGUUUGUCCUCGGAGAUACGCAGCCUGUUGAGUACGGCAAGAAGAAGCUGAAGUACCUGCCCUACAACCACCAGCACGAAUACUUCUUCCUCAUCUUCCCGCCUCUGCUCAUCCCCGUGUAUUUCCAAAUCCAAAUUAUCUCCACCAUGAUCAGGCGCAGGUUCUGGGCGGACCUCGCCUGGGCCAUCAGCUACUACAUGCGUUACUUCAUCACAUACAUCCCAUUCUAUGGCGUUCUGGGAUCCCUGUCUCUCCUCACUUUCGUCAGGUUUCUGGAGAGUCACUGGUUUGUGUGGGUCACCCAGAUGAAUCACAUCCCAAUGGAGAUUGACUCUGAGAAGCACAGAGACUGGCUUAGCUCUCAGCUGGCAGCCACGUGCAAUAUCGAGCAGUCCUUUUUCAACGACUGGUUCACCGGGCACCUGAACUUUCAGAUCGAGCACCACCUGUUUCCAACGAUGCCACGGCACAAUUUCUGGAAGGUGAAACCUUUGGUGAAGUCAUUAUGUGCCAAGUAUGGAGUCCAAUACGAAGAGAAGCCUCUUGGAAAAGCAUUCGUAGACAUCGUUGGGUCCUUAAAGAAAUCUGGAGAUCUAUGGCUGGAUGCUUACCUCCAUAAAUGAACGUGAAUCUUAAUGGGGAGGUGUGAGUGACAGGGAGGGACGGGGGGGUGCGUGGGGGGGAAAUCACACGCGUGUCUUUUACUCUCAGAUUUCAGUCUAUACAGAUUUCGGUCUCUAUCUACGGGCACAGUUGGAGGGGACCUUCCUCUCUUCUGAACUGCUACUGGUAUGGGCUCAGGCAACCUGUUAAAUCCAGACAGAUUUUAAAUGUGCUUCUGAGGAUGAGAAGCGAUGCCAGUCUUGCACAAAACAGAAGGUUGGGAGAGGAUGGAGAGGAGGAGUGUUUAAAAAAAGGGGCAUUAAUAUCCCACCUUGACCUUCUCUUCUCAAGAUUCAGUCUAGUCCUACCUAAACCCCUCAAGGCCCUGAUUCCCAGACACAACAGACUUGUUAGGCUUCAGUGACUAUUUACAAUCCAAGGACACCCCAGUCGGUUUAUGCCUCUUUCCCAUGUUUGAGUUUCAUUUUGUUAUCAAGCAAAAAAAAUAACGUGGCUCCCUCCUUUCCCUCCCUCCUUCCUUUCUCUAGUCAUAGCAUCACUUUAGGAAAAGCUGUGAUACUGACCCUGGACAACUAAUGUGUAAUCGCCUCUCAGGAGGGUUAAUAUAGCUGUAUUUUUCUGAGCAGCCCCUAUUUCCAAGGGUCCGUGGAAGAUCUUUGGGCUUAAAGAGCACAAUAUCUCCUUUAGGAGAGGGUCUAUUUUUAAUGAGCAGCAGGUCUGGCAUAGCAAUGUGAUUGUCAGUAAAUUCCACGAAAGACCAAAAUAAGGCACAUAAGCAAAACUUACUAAUUGCUCUGAGUGCUCCCGUGUAACCACAAACGGUCUUUCCAGCAGAGCGGUUGGGCCGCCUGCUGCAGGAAAAUGGCAUUUCUGCCUGUUUGCACACGCCUGGCAGAAACCAAACCUCUUUCUGUUUGUCAGAGGCCAGGAGCAAUGGGACUGUUUACCCUUCUCUUGGGAACAAUCGGCAAAGAAAAGGGGUUCUCCCUGCAAAAGGAGGAGCUGCCCGACCAUUUGACUUGGUCCCCUGGACCUUCGAGGGGGCAGCUGAAAACAGAAUUAACCAGGCAGUGCUGGUGCUAUGAAACCUUCUGGAGAACUCUCUUACAAGUUUUCUAAAACUCCAUUUUUCUGCCUAACACCUAAUUACCGAAAUCCAUUAAUGGCUUAUUGGGAGAUACAGUUGAACAGCUUCCAGGUGCUCCUGUAUCAGGCAACCUGAUCCCAAAUAAAUCAAGGGCUUUAGAUUCAGUUGUAAUACAACCGAAGAGACCUACCUACCUUUUAGUUCAUGCUAAAGGGCUGUGGUUUCCAAAGCAGCCUCUGGUUGCAGCAGCUGCCUCGCUGCUCGCUCAGCACACUCAAUACUCUGGUUAUUAGGCAAUGACUUUGCAUGUCUUGUUACUCUGCUCUGCUCUGAAACUGGAUCCUCUCUGGAAAAUCCUUGAAUGCUCGUAGAAUGUCACAGAACCAACGAGGUUCUUCAUGCACAGAGACAACCCUAGGACUUAAAAAAAUCAAUGUAUCCCACCACCCCACGCCCUCUUUGGAGAAUGAGAAUGUUUCUUUGCUUACAGAUGGGAAAGUCAUAGGCAGGACUGCAGUUUAAGCCAGCGAGUAAUACUUAAGGUUUGUAAAGGGCUUAUUCUGGUGUUCAUGCCCAUCAUUAAGAUGGCAACACCUGAAUAUCACUAUGAAUGGUUAGGAUGAAAAGCUACUGUCUCCGGGGUGUCUGAAGCUCAAAUGGACUUUGAGCAAAUUUUAUAGUUGGUUUCUAAUAGCAUAAAGAAUAACGUCCUUCCAGCCAGGUAGUAACGGGGCUGUGGCUAACAUUGUGAAACUGCCUUAAUACGUGCAUCUCUUUUUCUGACUCCUUGAAUGUAUCUGGCUGUCUCUGCUCCAGCAAGGACGACCACAAGCACUCAGUAGCAUCAGCACUGCAACCUUUUCAAUACCCAGCUUAUUUUUCUGACAGUUUGUAUAUUUUCACCCCUCCAGUUCUCAUUUCCAGAGCAAAUAUUUCCACAACUACAGAUGCCUCUUCCUCCUUAGAGCUGUCCCCUCUUCUCUGUCUUACCUAUCAUCUUGGGAAACUGUUUGCUUUUUAACACCUAGAGAAACUGCAGCAGACUGACAGCUCAGCCUAGGUAAAUAGUCCAGGUUUAGCAGCUUGGCUUUCCUGCUUGUCACUGACUGGCCUACUGGAAGGACUGUUUUUCUGCUAAAAACCCAAAGUACUGCCAACACAACAGCCUGGCCUAACAGGAGACAGCAGCUACUACUGAUGGUGAACUUGAAACAUUCAAGGAGAACAACCACGCUACAAGACCUGCAGAAGGAAAGACCAGCUCUUAGGCAAAUGGGCAUUUUUUUCCCCCAAGAUCUUGGCGGAAUAUACAAAAGGGAAGAAAGGAAGGACAGGAGAGAUCUUGAUAUUAACUCUUCCCCAGGGACUUGCUUCUUUCAGACUCCCAAAAAAUUCCCUUUUCAUGAAAAAUGUUCAGUUGUUCAAACCCAGAAAUAAAAACUGUGCAAUGCAGUAGUCAGAACCGAUUUCCAAGUGUCAUGCAUUGUCCUUGCUGUUGCGAGGCAAAAAAGGUCUGUUCCGCAAAGAAUAGGUCACCAGCCUUUUGUAACCUGCAGUGUAUUUUUCUUACUCAUUGUACUUCCAUGCACAAAAGGUUUGCCUGGUGAAAAUGUAAGAUGCUGGUUACUUUUUCAAGCGAAGCCUCUCUGGUUCAUAUAGUUUCUUCCCCUCCCUCCAAAACAUCCCACUCUGUAUUUUGGAAUUCAAACUGUUUCGUACACUCCUUGAUGUACAAGUCCAUCAUUAAACCAGAGCAGGUCAAACAGAUCCCUGAGAAAAAGCCCUCAAAGCCUGGAGCAACCUGUUACAAUUUUAAGAAGCACCAAAGUGCAAUUAGGUUUACAGGAGAUAUUCCAGACCUUUCAGUAAAACUGUGAACUUAAGUGGAUAUAAAAUUCACAUGACCUUGUUUGGCCUUAUCUCCAACCUGGUCAAAACACAGCCAAUCCAUCACACACCAGCAUCCCUUGCAGGUUACAAUUAGCCAUCAAAAUAGUUCAAACACCAAAAUUCAAGCAGAGCUUUGCCCAGCUUUCUGAGGACCGCAAUUAACUAAUUUCUCUGAAAAUAAUGAGGUGAAAUCUUGCAUGCAUUGCCUCUCAAUAAAGGUCAUUCAUUUGCGCUGUAUUGAGACACAAACACAGAAAAAAACAAUCCGUAACACAUGCUGGGAGCCUGCCAGGGUUUAUUUAACCCGGUGUCUAAACCACGUCAUUGGCUCCGUGAGCACUUGGCAACGGCGAGAGGCCACGAGCUGGAAACACAGAGUUCGUUUCAGGGCAGAUAAUAAAACAAUAGGCAGGAAAGUACCGGAUUUGCUGCUUUUCAGUCAUUUGUUAUCGCAGGCUGGAGUGAAAACUGGAGGACCAGGAUGGGCAAAGAGAGUCGAGCUGAAGCAGGAGAGAGAUGGGCAUGUGUUUUGGGAGGAGUACAGAGACGGGAAAAACGUGAGAACAGAACCAGCUGGGGAGGGAUGGAGAAAAAAUACCAUGGGGGUGGAGAGAAGAAAAAGCAGCUUGAAAUCAGGUGUCCCAUAUUCUCCCCUUAAUGGCUGUUAUUAAUAUCUGCCUGGACAACAGCUUGUGCCAGAGACAGGAGGCAGGAAAGGGCAGAGCGUGGGCUCGCAGGUGAUGGCUGAGGUUGGACACGUCCUGGGGAGCUGGAUCUUGCGUUGAGCUGGAUCUUGCGCUGAGCUGGUCCUACCCAGCUCUGGGAGCAGGGAUGGGGCAGGGUGACACACACAGUCCCCUUCAAUAGAGCAUCUCCACCCCCUGCAAAGCUCGUGCUGGUCCUGCUUGCUGGCUUAAGUAGGUUAAAGCUGCAGCCCAGACCUUCAGCGACAAAAAUUAACUUUACUGAAGGCCGUGGGUCUGUGCUAGGUUUGGGAGCUAACACGAAAUCUAACCCUGUGUUUCCAGGCAGAGGCACAACAGGAAUUAGGGCAUUUAAACACGGAGAUUUUUUGCCUCUAAGCACAGAUUUGGGGAGUCUAGGGUCCAAACUGCUCACUGAAAUAGGGCCUGGGAAGCUCAGAGCAUCAACAGAGCCUCAUCAGGACAUCUCCUUGCUACAGGUGCUGAUUACUGGCUGGAUUUUAGGCCUUCAUUAGGGCAAAGACACCCUUUUUUUUCUGUAACAAGUUGCCAUGUCCUAGCCAUGGCCUCUUCUACUAGAUGCUUUCCUAAGAAAGCCUUCCUAACAGAGCCCUAACAUUUCAAAUGUUUUCUAGGAGUUGCUAAAACAUCAAAAACACAUUCAUUGUAUGACAAGCUCCUGAUUAUCUCGUUCUUACAAUAUAUAUAUAUGUUUCAGUAACUCAAAAAGAACAGUUUUGUGUAUUCUGCUGCUCAAUAAAACCAUAACUAUUUGUUGACCAUAAAAA